AUGUCUCAACUCCAGCUCUUCCCAUCCGAUGAGGAAUCUAACUUCUCACCGGAUCCUCAGCCACAAUCAGCUGACCCAAGGACAACUCCUUCUCUACCCAACAUUUCAACUGAUCCUCAGGCUUCUCCAUGCGGCCGCCUGCCUGCCCGAACAGCUACACGCUCGCCUAGACGCAGAGUCCAUGCCGGCCCCGAAAAGGACCAGCAGGCAAAGCAAAGCUCAGGAUUCACCUCGCUCGACAACACCACCAUCGCAGCGUACCAAAUCCAGUUCUCUUUCAGCAUCAAACCGCAGCAGAAGGCCUUCAGCAAGCUUGGGCCGCGCCCCAGUUCCUUCUGCUCAACUCAGAUGCCUGUCCCAUCGAACGCCGUUGCCGCGGAGCCGCCCCCAGUGUCCCACAACAUCCGAGCACAGAUCCUGUCAGUCUCUGUCUCGUUUUCUGUUUCAGAAAUUCAGGAUGCUGGCUCCAGAGGCAGACCAAUUCCCAACUCCAGUACCUCACUAUUCAGAACUAAUAUUCCCGUAACCCACCCUCUAAAACAACUCCUCGACACAUCACUGGACACCAUCCUCCAAGCAGUUUCUCCCAGGACCCUCCAAUCUUAUGUGACAGCUUGGAGGUGUUUUAAAGCAUUCCACUUCUCAUACACCUUGCCAUUCCCUGAUUUUUCUCUCCUUUCAAUCACCUCAUUCAUCUCCUACCUUAACAGCAUUAAGGGCCUCCAAGUUGGAACCAUCAAAGGUUACCUGAGCGGCAUCCAGUUUUUCCACAAAUUGAUGUACGGCGCUCCCUCCCCAGAGAUAAAUAAUUCACAAACCUCCCUUCUGGUCAAAGGAAUUCAACGAUCUCAUCCCACCCAUCCCGACACCAGACAACCCAUAACACUAGAUAUUCUCACAAAAUGUAUUCAUGCCCUCCGCACAGUCUACCAGCCUCUCGAGACAGCCCGUACACUCGAUGCUAUGUUUAUUCUAGCAUUUUUCGGCUUUCUUAGAUGCUCGGAACUCGCCAUCACUUCCAAAUUCGACCCAAGAGUCCACCCCACCAUCUCAGACUUAUCAGUACUGGAUAGUGAAACCAUCUCAUACUUGAUUAAGCAAAGCAAGACAGACCAAUCCAAAAAAGGCCAUUUCAUCUACAUCUUCAAACUCUCAUCGCCAAUCCAACCAUACCAAUCCAUUCAGGCAUAUCUUCAUUGGAGAAGCUCCCAGGCUAAAUCCCACCUUGAUCCCCUAUUUAUAGAUGACUCCAACAAACCUGUGACACGCUUUUGGUUCCAGAAACAUCUCAAAUCCGUUCUUCAACAGUCAGGCAUCCAAGCAAAACAUUUCUCCAGUCACUCUUUCCGCAUCGGAGCAGCAACUUCAGCUGCCCAAAAAGGCCUCUCCCAGCAGCAGAUACAAGCUCUCGGAAGAUGGUCCUCAGACGCUUUCCAAAGCUACAUCAGGACCAACCGGUUCCACAUUAAAAAAGCCCACCAAACCCUCAUCGAAUAAAACCCUCCGGGUCGUCCACCUGGGUGUUCUUCCUUCUUCCAGUGAUCUAAAUUCCCAACUGACAAAGCAAAAAC